UCCUUGCCCCAUCGUCGCUUAUGUGUUUAGUUUUCUAAAUAAUACAAAAAUUAUCUUCUUUUCCAUUUCAUUUGUCCGGAGAAAACUUUUUGCCAUUUUUAAAAAACAAAAACGAGAAGGAAGACUGAGAAUCGUGCAUAGGAAAAGACACCCACCCAUCUAAUAAGUUUUCAAUUUCGACGAAGAUACGUUUUUUUUUUACAAUUUGAUCUUGAUUCUUUCCGGGAUGGGCAGAUCGGGAGAUUGAUUGACCACCACUUUAGAAAGAAGCUAAUACUUUUGGAGCUAAGCAAAGCUUGAAGUCUGCUCCUGUGAUGUUCCUAAUGGCAUCAUUGUAAGUUUUGAUCGAGUGCUUGUGGUCUAGAGUCAAACCAGUUAUGAAUCCAAUGCAAGGCCCACGGAAUAAUGAUGUGAAUCAAGGAGAUAAUGAACCUGUUUAUAGCACAGAGAGCUCUUUGAUGAAUCAUCCCUUAGUAGACAAUGAAUUUUCAAACAGUGGUACGCCUUCAGGACGACCAAGUUCGACUUCUCAAAAUCACAACUGGUGGAGAUUUGGGGAGUCCAGCUCAAUGGAGGCAAAUCACCAGUUGCCCCAAGAUGGGUAUGGAGGGGUUCAUUCUGCUGGUUACAUCAGAGAUGGGCCUUCUUUCUUGCGCGGUUCAAAUUCAAGCUCUAAUGCUAUGCCACAGCAUGUGAAUAUGAGCAUGGACAUGGACAGCGAUGGUUAUGGUGCACAGACUACUUCCGGGGUCGUUUUCCGUCAUAGUAACUAUGGGAGUUCAUUAGGAAGCUCUUCUGUUCAGGCCGCUGGAGAGAGCAGUAGUGGUCCCGCUGCCUCUUCCUUGGCUCUUUGGGGUUCGUCCUGCAAAAGAAAGGCUCUCGAAGGAGUUCCUAGCAGCUCAUCUCCUGACUGCGUUUCUCAGAACGAGAAUGCAGGUCGUUCUCAUUAUGGUGCUUCCAGUAGCUUAACUUUGGCUACACCCUCACAAAGUUCUCCCAAUGUUGCUAAUCAUUUUGGCCGGACAGAACCACCCAUGUUUGGAACUAACGGUGGUGGUGGUAGAGCGGUGGUUGCAGCUAAUGCUUUUCAUUCUGUAAGAAACACUGACACUUCAUCUAGACCUGGCAGGAGAUUAAAUCCGAGGCAGCCUCAGGAGUCUGUAGCAUUCAGCAUAUCACUUGGUGGGAGUUCAGUGCGUCCCACUGGUUCUCUGCAACAGAAUAUACUAUUAAACGCUCCUUCUUCUGUAGAUCCUCUAGAUGUGAGAUCAACAUCAUUCACUAGUGGCUCAAGCAGUGGUGAGAAUCAGACAAAUAUAGUCCAUCACCCUGCUUUGACGAGGAAUAUACACCAGUUUGCUUGGGAUGCUUCUCGAGGAAGCAGUUCUUCGGGUAUCGAAAUGCCACAUUGGGAAACACCAAGAAGCAAUCCUCCAGAGCAACCUAUGUUUGCACCUGCAACUGACAUUAGAAACCGUGUGCAUGAUCAAUCUAUGUGGAGUUUCGCACGUGGGAAUCCUGUAGAUUCUCCCUUUGUUUCUCGAGCAGGGCCGAGUUCAGCUAUUCAUGGGCAGCAGCAGCAGCAGCCAAAUCCCCCAUGGAUUCCUCCUCAGAGUGCCCCAAUACAUAAUCCAACGAGAGCAUCAGAACUUUCUCCUUGGUCUUUAUUUCCUAGCAUUGAAUCUCAAACUGCUAGUCAUGGUGCAUCUCUUCCCUUGAUGCCCACAGGUCCUUCUCUGUCCUCAAAUGAGGCUGCAAUGCCAUCUAGUUCUAAUAGCCGGAGCCAUCGCUCACGGCAAAGAAGAUCAGGGUUGUUAUCUGAGAGACAGAAUGAGCUUCUCCACUUGCGUCACUUAGGGAGGAGCUUAGCUGCUGACAGUGAUGGAAGGAAUCACCUUAUCUCUGAGAUACGUCAGGUGUUGUCCGCCAUGAGAAGAGGAGAAAGUUUACGUAUUGAGGAUUACAUGGUGUUGGAUCCACUUAUCUUCCAGGGUAUGACUGAAAUGCACGAUAGGCAUAGGGAAAUGCGCCUUGAUGUUGACAACAUGUCGUACGAGGAGCUAUUGGCACUUGGGGAACGCAUAGGGGAUGUGAGCACUGGACUAAGCGAAGAUGUCAUUCUGAAAACAAUGAAACAGCACAAAUGUACAUCUUCUUCUCCUGAGUUGCAUCAGUACAUGGAGCCUUGCUGUAUUUGUCAGGAAGAAUAUGCAGAAGGUGAUGAUCUUGGGACCUUGGAAUGUGGCCAUGAGUUCCACAAGGACUGUAUCAAGCAAUGGGUCAUGCUCAAGAAUCUCUGCCCAAUAUGUAAGACCGUGGCAUUAACAACGUGAUGGUAUACUAUCUUGACUGCGCAUCCCGGCUUCCAUUCAUCAUCAUCCUUGUGAUGCCAAAAGUAAACAAAAAAAAAAAAUCUUAAAGAACUGUUCUAUCUAUCCCUAUCCCUAUCUCAUAUCAAAUAUUUUAAUUGUUAUGCUUGCUCGUUAUGUCACUGUUUAAAGAACAUUAUGACAAAAUUCAUAACAUAUCCAUGGAGAAAGAAUAAUUCACUAGAAUCCUUUGUAAUUGUUGAUAGUUGAUUGUUGGUUUCUUAAUAACAUGCCUUUGAAUUUCUUACAAA